AUGUGUAAUCCACUGGAGCACUUGGGCCGGGCCCUAAGUUCGACUGCCGCUCGAAAAAGGGCCGAGGAGGUGGCCGAGGGUGAGAGUAAUAAGACGAAUAGUAUCCCGAGGACUGAUCGGAGUAUGAAUAGUAUGGCUGUGUUAGCGGCGGACAGUAAGAUGGCGGCGGGGGUACUGAGGAAUACGGAGAAGGAAAGUAUGACCGGUAGGGCGGAGGGGGAGCGGAGGAGUAAUAAUAGCCGGAAGGAGGGUUUGGUAAUUCUCCGCGGGGUGCUCGAUCAGGCCAAGUUUGAGGCGGAUCUUGCCCUGGGGGCGGCCGGAGGGUCGGCGGAGCUCGAAGGACCUGAUUCGGACCGGCGAAUCGUCCGAUUCGACAAGGAGAUCCCGGAGCUCGACUCGGAGGGUGCCAACCAGGUACUUGGAGGUGUCCGAAGGUCUAGAGUGGAGGAUCUCGAGGGUAAGGGAGGAGUCCUUGGGCGGGAGGCUAAACGGCAGGACGAACCGCUCGUUCCAUACGGGCCGGGUGGAGCCCAAAUCGUCGGCCUUUGUGAACUGCCGCCGGUCGGGAUCGAUCCACAGGACGGCGUACGGCUUCAGAUCGCCCUUCCUCCAGUUGACGUUCUUCAGGUGUUUGGCAGAGACUACUGUGACCUCCAGAUCGUAGCACUUCUGCCGCGGUGGAUAGGCGCUGCCGGAGGCCAUCGGGGAGUAGAUUCGGUGUACGAGAUGAUGAAGCCCCAAACACUUUAA